GUCCUUGCGGUAAAUAUAGAAGCAGCCGCGGCGUGGAGAUCAGAGCAGCUUGGGGGUCACGAGCGGACCUGAACAGACCGGAUCAGCCCGAACCGACCCCGGUCUGCAGGCGCGAGCAGGAAACCCUGUUCUCUGAAACCCCCCGAGACCGUUUACCUGCAAGGAGCCGGACGGCUGCACGUGAGUCCGUGUGUCCUUCAGUGAGACGUUCACUGACUCCUGUACUUCUUGUCCCUGAGAGCGACCAGGAUACAGAGGCCUGCGAGGACCAGGACCAGCACAGGGAGGUCUGGAGACCAGGACCAGGAUGCUGCAGCUGUGCCAGGUGACGGGCGCCCUCUUCAUCAGCAACGGGCGCUCGGCCUGCAGCGAGGAGCUGCUGCGGCGCGAGGCCGUGACGCUCUGCAUCAACGUGUCCCGGCAGCAGCCGUUCCCCCCCGCCGCCGCCGCCGUGUCCCGGCUCCAGAUCCCGGUCUACGACGACCCCCAGGAGGACCUGUACGCCCACUUCGACCGCGCCGCCGACGCCAUCCAGAGGGAGGCCGGCCGGGGGGGGCGCUGCGUGGUGUACUGCAAGAACGGGCGCAGCCGCUCGGCCACCGUCUGCAUCGCCUACCUGAUGAAGCACCGCGGCCUGGCGCUCGCCGAGGCGCUAAAGAAAGUGAAGACGGCUCGUCACGAGAUCGAUCCAAACCCUGGCUUCCUGUCUCAGCUGCAGAGAUACGAGCAGGAGCUGAAGAACAGACGGAGAGGACAGACAGAGAGACAGACUGAGAGGACAGAGAGACAGACUGAGAGACAGACGGAGAGGACAGACAGAGAGACAGACUGAGAGACAGACUGAGAGGACAGACAGAGAGACAGACUGAGAGGACAGACAGACAAUAAGACAAACAGACUAGGAGAACAGACAGACUGACAGU